CUAUCACGUGAAGAAAGUGACGGAAGUGACAUCCGACAUCUUAAUGCGGAAGAGUUUGUAUAUAUAAUUUGCGGUUGUUCCCGAGUUGUAAUGGGAAAAAUAUAGAGAUAUAUUGAUUUACAUUUCUUAUAUUUUGCCUGGGAGCAUUUUCGACAAAUUAAAAAGCUGUUGUUUGUUAAUUGUUUGGUUCCUGGUUCGUAAGUCCCCGCAGUCCUCAUGGCCACCAAUAUCAAUUUACAGAAAGCUAUAGAUCUUGCAAGCAAAGCCGCUCAAGAAGAUAAAGCAGGAAAUUAUGAAGAAGCGCUGAGAUUGUACCAGCAUGCUGUGCAGUAUUUUCUCCAUGUAGUUAAAUAUGAAGCACAAGGAGAUAAAGCUAAACAAAGCAUUAGGUCAAAAUGCACAGAAUAUCUGGACAGAGCAGAAAAGCUGAAGGAAUACCUGAAAAAGAAGGAAAAAGCCCCUCCUUCAAAGCCUGUAAAAGAGUCCUCAUCCCAUCCAGAUGACAAAGGGACUGAUAGUGAUGAAGAAAUUGACCCUGAGAAAAAGAAAUUCCAAAAUCAACUUCAAGGGGCAAUUGUUAUGGAGAAACCAAAUGUGAAAUGGAGUGAUGUUGCUGGUCUAGAAGGAGCCAAAGAAGCAUUAAAGGAAGCUGUAAUUCUUCCAAUUAAAUUUCCUCAUCUUUUUACAGGUAAAAGAACACCAUGGAGGGGAAUUCUUCUGUUUGGCCCACCUGGAACUGGAAAGUCCUAUCUAGCCAAAGCAGUAGCAACAGAAGCCAACAACUCCACAUUUUUCUCAAUAUCUUCUUCAGAUUUAGUAUCUAAAUGGCUUGGAGAAAGUGAAAAGCUUGUAAAGAAUCUAUUCCAACUAGCCAGAGAACAUAAACCAUCGAUUAUCUUCAUUGAUGAGAUUGAUUCUUUGUGUGGGUCAAGAAGUGAAAAUGAAAGUGAAGCUGCUAGGCGAAUCAAAACGGAAUUUCUUGUACAAAUGCAAGGUGUUGGUGUGGACAAUGAAGGCAUAUUGGUGCUUGGAGCUACAAAUAUCCCAUGGACACUUGACUCUGCCAUUAGAAGGAGGUUUGAGAAGAGAAUCUAUAUUCCACUACCUGAAGAACAUGCUCGUUCCUUCAUGUUCAAACUCCAUCUGGGCACUACUCCCACUAGCUUGAAUGAGUCAGACUUCCACACCUUGGGGAAGAAAACCGAAGGCUACUCUGGAGCCGAUAUCAGCAUCAUUGUGAGAGAUGCCCUUAUGCAACCAGUCAGAAAAGUACAAUCUGCAACGCACUUUAAAAAGGUACGGGGUUCAUCAAGGGAUGAUCCAAACCAAGUGGUAGACGAUCUCUUGACUCCAUGUUCUCCAGGGGAUCCCAAUGCAAUAGAGAUGACAUGGAUGGACGUUCCAGGGGACAAACUCCUAGAACCAGUGGUCUCAAUGUCUGAUAUGCUGAGAUCUCUUGCAAAUACCAAACCAACUGUUAAUGAGCAAGACCUGGAGAAACUAAGGAAGUUUACAGAAGACUUUGGUCAAGAGGGAUAAAUUCUAAUUCUCACUGACAGUGCUAUAUGCAUAUUGCUUUUGUUUCUGUCUCCCUUUUUAUUGGAUGCAUUCCACCAUCACUACGUGGUUCUCAGUCUGUACUACGGUUAUACAGUUUAAUGAAACACCAUGUUGGAUCAACAGGUAUCAACUGUAUACUAAUGGCUAUAUGACUCUUGCCAAUACAAGCAGCCUAUACAUCUUUGUUUUGUUUUUUUGUUUUUUUUGUUUGUAAGUCUAAAAAUUUUUUAUUGAAUACAUUUCUUCACUGUGGUUUAAGAAUCCUAUUUAACCAAAAUUGAUUUAUUGAAGAAAACUUUCCUUGUUAUAGGUGAAGUAAUACAGUACAUAUUUGACAAAGUCCUUAAUGACUUGUGCAUUUAUAAAGCUUUAGAAAGUAUACAUGAAGCAAUAUCACAACUUUGGGAAAUCGUUAAGCUCAUGAAAAUGAGGUUUUAAUUUUCAUUUUAUCUGUUUCUCUUUUUUUAAGUGUCAUAUUUUUCUUUGGUUCUUUUUGGGGUGAUGUUAACGGUGGUCGCAGAGAAUACAGUACACAGUCAAAGUUUUUAUGUACAAAACCUUCCACAAACAUGCACCAGUCAGUGCAGAAGCUAAACUUGGUAAAUAAAUGAAUAAGUCUGGGGAUUUUUUUAUUGUAUUUAUCCUUUCUGGUGUAGUGCCUGCAGUUGGAAACAUUUCAAAGUGGCGCCUUAAAACAUGUGCCUUUUUAUUACAGUUACCAUUUCUCCUUUCAUUUUAAGACAAAUACAUGUCAAACUAUUGGAUGAUUUUAAAAGCAGUGUCAAAUGUUUAGCAUCAUCAUAUCAUGCUGAUUGUGAAUGUUACUCGUGCUGCAGAACAUCUGUUAAAGAAUUGCACAUUUCACUUAACAGCUGUACUCUUUAUGAUUAUAUAAAGCUGUACUGCUAUGCACUUCUGGUGGUGGAUUUUCUUCAAACACAAACUGGUUUCUUUAUACAAAAGUGUAGAUUUGUAGUAUAAAUUAUAUUCUUUUUAUGAUUUCUGUUCUAAACAUUAAACCAUGAUACUGUGGUAUAUGUUUAGACCAGGAGGCUGUGCUAAUGAUGGUAUCACAGUCUGAAAUAAGGAUCUCUUUCCAUGCCUUUUGUAAAUAAAGCUAUUACUUGCUGAA